UCGAUCUGCUCGUACCAAACGAGGCCUAAGGGGUCCUGAACGACAGCCCCCCAAACUCAUCCUGUAGAGCAGUCGAGCACCACCGCCGAUCUGAUCCCACACUUCCGCCUUCCAUAGAUGAUCUCGUCUACUCGGCCGCCUUCGCAUCGCACGUCGUCCUCUCAAGCCCAUGAUGAGCAGCGCUGGGAAUCCGAAGAGAAAAGCCAUGUGCCGGUCGGUGUGGCUCCGGCGGCAGCGAGCCAAAACGAAUUAUCAUGGACCGAGGCUUUCAUUAGCUGCAACGAAGUGUCCACCUUGCCAAGAACAUGACAAUCCAGAGGUUGCCAAAGACACUAUACAAGUGAUUGAGCUUGGUAAAUUUCCCGAGGAUAUCUUGCAUCACAUACACUCCCUUGUGCCACUGCGAGAUGCUGCUCGUGCUGCCUGUGUCUCUCGUAGAUUUUUACGCUCAUGGAAAUGCUUUCCUAACCUUACAUUCAAUUGGAAAACAUUGGGGUUGAAUAUGCAAGAGGGCACGCCAUAUGAUAGAGCAAAGAAAAUUGUGGACAGAAUCUACCACAUACUCAAAAACCACUCUGGCAUUGGGGUGAAGAUACUUAAGCUCCAAGUUCAUUCAUGCAGCAAUGUUAUCACGGCUAACCUUCUUGGCAUUUGGCUUGAAACUGCUGUUAAGUCUGGAAUCGUAGAACUUGCUGUGGACCUUCCUCAAGAUCAAAGUGCGAAGUACGACUUUCCAUGUUCGGUUUUAUCUUGUGCCGCAAGCUCAAUUCAGUCUCUCGCCCCCUCAGCUUGUGCUUUUCGUCCGACAAUUAUAAUUGACUGCUUCAGAAACUUGAAAAGUCUAUGUCUGAAACUUGUUCUCAUUACUGAGGAGGAACUAGGAUGCUUCUUCUCCUGUACAAUUUCUUUAGAAAAGUUGGAAGUUUCCCAGUGCAAUGAGAUCACUUUCUUGAAGAUACCUUCUCAUCUGCAGCAGCUUUGUAUCCUGCGGGUGUUUCUAUGCCAAAAGCUGCAGGUGGUAGAAAUUUAUGCUCCAAAGGUAGCCACGUUUAUGUUCCGUGGGCCGCCGACGAAAAUAUCAAUCACCAACCCGUCUCAACUGAAGAUCAUGACUAUGGAUGGUUCAUUUUAUGCUGGCAUGUUCCACCAUGCUCUGACCAAGCUUCAUUCCAUCACGUCGAAUCUUCACACACUUGUCUUGUGCUCAUCUAGAGAGGCCUUCAAUACUCCAGCGUCAGCUGCCAAAUUCCUCCAGCUGAGGCACUUGAAGAUUUAUUGUUGUAGCAGUCAAUUUGAAAGCUUUGAUUUUUUAUCUCUGAUUUCCUUUCUCGAAGCUUGUCCUGUGCUGGAAACUUUCUUCUUAUCGGUAAGUCGACAUUAUUUAAGGCCAGAGCCAACUUCCCAAAAGUUGGAUGUGGAUUCUUGGCAUAUCAGGAAGAUUCCUGGAUUCCGCCAUGACAAGCUCAAGAAAGCAUCCAUCACUGGAAUCAACUCGUCAAAGAGCUUGAUUGAGCUAACAUGUCAAAUUCUUAAGAAUUCCUCAUCACUAGAAUGCCUUGUGCUCGACACUACUAGUGGUUAUGGUAAUUCAGGCAUAUGUGGAAAUAUGGAUAGAGAAGCAGUCAUGGAUGCCCUUGAAGGUGUCAAGGCUAUCAAAAGACAUGUUGAGGGGCAAGUUCCCGACGGUGUUAAUGUCGAGGUUUUGAAGCCCUGUGAUCGGUGCCAUAUUUCCAAACUCUGAUGUCCAUGCUAUGUUGUACACCGAUCUUUAAGGGCAUGCGUUGUGUGUGGUCACAUUUUUUACCUUACAAUGAGUCACACAGUAAGGAAAUCACCGCAGUUGGAAAGUUUAUUCUGAAUGGUUGGUCAGACUUUUAUCCCUGGAAAUACAAUUUGUAUAUAAUAAUAAUGUAGUAUAUGGCCAGGCCAUAAAUCCAUAUUUUGGCUUAUGGCCUUGUAGACACAUUGAUGCGGAUGCCUAAAAGCAAUGUCGAUUGUGUGUAAUUUUAAAUUACAGUCGUCAACUCAUGCACGGGCUAGCAUGAGAGUGUUUGCUUUAUACAAUUCUAUACAAAUGUUACAAUUCAACUA